AUGCACAGAAUGAGAGCGAGGAGGUCUCACCGCUUUCACCAUGACGACCCCGGGUCGGAGAGCGACUCGUCCACCCCGUGGACCGCGAGCAUGCGCCACAAGUUCCGCGAGGAAAACGAGUACAGGGGCGCCUCCUUUUGGAUGGACUGCUACGAGAAGGUCAGCAAGACCGCGGAAAAGUACAAGCGAGCCACGGAAGAGCACAAGCGAGAGAUCGAGGACUUGAAAGCCAAGAACUUCUUCUUGAGGCUCUGGAUUCAGACCGACCACGAUGACCUCGGUGGUCGCUCCCAUGAUCCUGGGUUCAGCGACGUCGUCUUGUUCGCAGCCGAGGACGGUCCCAACGGAGGCCAAUCGAAGCCUGUCCUGGCUCACAGGGCCGUUCUGGCAAGCCGGUCUCCAGUGUUCAAAGCAAUGCUCGAGCAUGAGGUGAAAGAAAGCCAAAGCAACACCAUCAAGAUAAGUGAAGUGUCGUACGAUGCCCUCCGAGCAUUUGUCAACUAUCUCUACUGUGCCGAAGCAUUCCUCGAUCAGCAAAUGGCUUAUGAUCUCUUAGCAUUAGCCGAAAGGUACCAGGUGGUGCACCUCAAAGCUUAUUGCGAGAAGUUCUUGGUAUCCAAAUUGAAGUGGGAUAACUCGAUCGUAAACUAUGCCUUUGCGCACCAGCACAAUGCGAAGCUUCUCCUGAAGGCCGCCUUGUCCUUAAUCAUCGUCAACAAGGAUAAGCUCAAGAAACGUCCAGAAUACUCGGAACUCAUUAAAAAGGAUCCAUGCCUUGUGGUGGAGCUAUUAGAAGCAUGUCUAGCAAAGCAGGAAAACACUGCAUGCAGCACAGGUACCAUUUGA